GAAAGGUGAGCGGAGCUGCAGCUGCGGUAAACAAUACGCCAGACGGACCAAACUCCUCCAGUCUGCAACACAGAAACGCACCAAACCCGGAGACUGUCGGCUCUGAGAGGAAGCUGCGGGCUGAAGAGGGAAAAAAAAACAUGUCGAAGCAAGUAUCGAAGUCUCUGCCAGAGCGGACCUUCCAGUACCAGAACUCUCUGCCGCCCCUGCCUGUGCCGUCGUUGGAGAGCAGCCUGUCUCUGUACUUGGACGCAGUCCGUCCUUUUGCGUCUGAGGAUGAGUUCAAAGCUACGGAGGACAUUGUGAGGAAAUUCCAAGAGGGAGUUGGCAAAGAGCUGCAUCAGAAACUUCUUCAGAGAGCGAAGACGAAGAGGAACUGGCUGGAAGAAUGGUGGCUCGACGCUGCAUAUCUGGAGCUCCGCAUCCCCUCUCAGCUGAACGUGAACUUUGGGGGUCCGGCGCCGUACCUGGAGCACUGCUGGCCCCCUGCAGAGGGGACCCAGCUGGAGAGGGCCAGCAUCAGCACCUGGCACACACUGCAGUACUGGGACCUCAUCCGCACAGAAAGGCUGGCUCCCCAGAAAGCUGGUCAAUCGCCACUGGAUAUGGACCAGUUCAGAAUGCUUUUCUGCACCUGCAAAGUUCCUGGAGUAAACAAAGACACCAUUCACAACUACUUUAAAACUGAGAGAGAGGGUCCCUGCCCCUCCCACGUGGUCGUGAUGUGCCGCGGACGUCUCUUCACCUUUGACGCGCUUCACAACGGGCAGAUCCUCACUCCUCCAGAGAUCCUCAGGCAGCUGAGCUACGUGAAGGAGCGCUGUGCCGCAGAGCCGGAGGGAGAGGGAGUGUCUGCUCUCACCUCAGAGGAGCGCACCCGCUGGGCAAAGGCCAGAGAACAUCUCAUUAACAUCGACCCGCACAACAAAGUGAUCCUGGAAACCAUUCAGAGCAGCCUGUUCACUGUGUGCCUGGACGACGCCAAACCCUUCUCCACCGCUGAGAACUACACUAAUAUGGCAUUAGAAGUCAUGACCGGCGAUCCCACCGUCCGCUGGGGCGACAAGUCGUAUAAUUACAUCGCGUUCUCGGACGGCACCUUUGGAUCCAAUUGUGAUCAUUCCCCGUAUGACGCUAUGGUUCUGGUGUCCAUGUGUUGGUACGUGGACCAGCAGCUGAAGGCCACUGGAGGCAUAUGGAAGGGUUCCAGCGCCGUCAGGCCCAUCGCCCGUCCUGAGGAGCUCAUCUUCACCGUGGAUGAAAAAGUGCGCGGCGACAUCAGCCGGGCCAAGGAGCAGUUCCUGCAGUCGGCCAGUGACCUCCAGAUUGUGUGUUAUGCUUUCACUGAUUUUGGGAAAGCUGCCAUCAAACAGAAGAAGCUUCAUCCAGACACCUUCAUCCAGCUGGCGAUGCAGUUGGCCUACCACCGACUGCACAAACAGCCAGGAAGUUGCUACGAGACGGCGAUGACUCGCAAAUACUACCACGGCCGGACGGAGACGAUGCGGUCCUGCACCCAGGAGGCCGUGGCCUGGUGUGAAGCCAUGCUGGACCCCACAAGAGAUGAUCACUCCAAGAGGAAAGCCAUGCUGCUGGCCUUCAACAAACACAACAAGCUGAUGGCCGAAGCUCAGGAAGGAAGAGGUUUUGACAGACAUCUUCUUGGACUGUAUCUGAUCGCCAGAGAGGAGGGGCUUCCCACGCCGGAGCUGUUCUUAGAUCCGCUCUACCCAAAGAGCGGCGGUGGGGGGAACUUCGUGCUGUCGUCCAGCCUGGUGGGCUACACCACGGUUCUGGGGGCCGUGGCUCCCAUGGUGCACCACGGCUACGGCUUCUUUUACCGCAUCCGAGACGACAGGAUUGUGAUCUCCAUGAGCGCGUGGAAAUCCUGUCGCGAGACCGACGCUGCGACGCUGUACAAUCAGUUCACUCGCUCGCUGCACGAGAUGCUCCACCUGGCCACCACCUCCCAGCUAUAAGCUCUUCCACCCAGAUGAUUUCAACAAUUAUCUUUCUCUGCUCUGUCCGUCAGUGAGUGUAACGGCGACAGCUAGAAGAGCACAAAUCAAUGCAAUCGUGCCGAGCCUGUACGAUGAGGUGAAGGUGAUUUCUACUAGUCUAACAGGAACCUGAAUCUGUGAUUUUUUUGUUUUUGUCUUGUAAAUUUUCAAAUCUUUUUUUUUUUUUUUUUUGUCUAUCUUGAUUGUAUGGCUUAUCAGAUUAUUGUUAGAAUUUUUACGGCAUUGAUCCAUAUUAAGCUAAAUGUGUGUCCUGAAUGAGUGACAGCUGAACUAAGAUUUCUUCCUUAUUGUACGGUUGGCAUUGGGUCGCAUUCCAGUAAAACUCAUAGGAACUGUGAUAGAAAGUCGAAAUAACGAAGCGCAGGAUUUCUCAAAGGUUUUUAUCAUUCUCUCUCUUUAACUGAGCUUUGUUUUUGUUAUUUUUCUUUUUUUAUUCUGGAUUCCAGUCAUGAAAAAAGGAUAUAAACUGAAACAGUUCCUACUGUCAAAAAAAGGGUAGACAGUUUUGUACGUAUUAUUUCAAAUGAGAUCACCAACAACAUAUGCCACACAUAAGCCACUCACUGUUAUAACCGUUACUGUACCGCUUCGUGUGUUUUCACAAAAAUACCCUGAAAAACAGAGAAACGAGCUCAAAUAGCCGACGAUGCUGCACACAGGACUUAUAGUUGCAGCAGGUCUGAAUGAUCGGAAAACUGCAGCAGUUGAGUUUAUAGGUUAACGUGCACGGUGUUGUCGUUUUCUUUUCUGUCACUAUGAAAGUGUGUCGACGGCAGGAUCGGCUCAUCUGUUCACCGCAAACAAAACGACAGCUGCAUCUCCAGUUCAAACUCUGAGCCUUUCUGUAUAUUUUAGAGUCAUUGAACAUGAACUAAGCCUUUCUUUUUAGAUCAUUCUUUAGACUAAACAGCGACCUUGUUCAUAUUUUCUUUUUUUUUUUUUUUUUUAGAAUUAGCUGUCCAGAGCCUGAUUUUUGGGGUUAAAUAUUAAUAAAUACAAAAGAGCU